GGCGGUUUAGCCAAUGGGGAGGCAGCUUUCAGUCCAGCUCUCUAUAACUCUGUGGCACUGACGCUGAGCGAUGCCACAAACCAAGUGACUGCAGCCCGGAGACCUCGCGCGGACUAUGAGAGCUCUGUAGAACAUCUCAGCCAUCGCGCGCACGCCAGCUCCCUUUUUUCUUCUUCUUCUUUACGCGCUUCCCAGAAGCGGCAACGACCAGAUAAAAACAAGGACCCCACCCCCUCCCUCACCUCCCUCCCUCCCUCCUCUCUCCCCCCGGUGGGCUUCCUUCACUCUGGAGGGGUGCUUCGACAUGAGCGCCGGACACGCGUACGAGAAGAAGAUCGCGACCAUUCUGACCGACCUACCGGGAUCUAUGAGCUGCCACCCGAACUCCAAGGACUCUCCCACGCUCCCCGAGUCCUCGGUGACGGACAUGGGCUACUACAGCGGGCAGACGGGCCCGAGCCACCACGAGUACUACCCGGCUCAGGCGUACGGGCAGCCCGUGAACUCGUACCACCACCACCACCACCAGUUCAACCUGAACGGGAUGGGGGCCGCCGGGGCGUACGCGACCAAGUCCGAGUACUCGUACCCGAACAGCUACAGGCAGUUCGGCCACUACGGCAGAGACCACCCGCAGGCCUCCCCCCCGAGCUCAGUGAAAGAAGAGCCGGAGCCCGAGGUCCGCAUGGUGAACGGAAAACCGAAAAAGAUCCGCAAGCCGCGGACGAUCUACUCCAGCUACCAGCUGGCCGCUCUGCAGCGGCGCUUCCAGAAGGCGCAGUACCUCGCGCUCCCCGAGAGGGCCGAGCUGGCGGCCCAGCUGGGCCUCACCCAGACGCAGGUCAAGAUCUGGUUCCAGAACCGGAGGUCAAAGUUCAAGAAGCUGUACAAGAACGGCGAGGUUCCCCUGGAGCACAGCCCCAACGCCAGCGACUCCAUGGCGUGCAAUUCCCCGCCCUCCCCCGCAGCGUGGGACAACAGCACCCCGCAGAACACCGCCGUCAGCAGGCCGCAGGGCCCGCCGCCGACGCACAGCUCGUCGCCGCCAUACCUGGAGGAUUAUAACAACCACUGGUACCAGCAGGGAUCACACCUACAGCACCCGGGCACCACCGUGCACCACCCGGUCCCGCAGCAAAGCGCGGGCGCUGUUUAUUAGACUCCGCGGACUGUUUUCUGUCCACAAUGACUCUGACGAGCGGCGGUUGACGAACCGGGACUCGCGCCUGUUGGAGGAUCCAAACCGCUUCACGUCUGGGGCUUUAUUUUCUCAAAGCAACUGAGGGAUUUCUGAUCACUCGUGGCAGUCUAUUUAACGGACAUCUGGCGUGUUUUUUUUUUAAAUUAUUUAUCGCUUCUGUCGUAUUUCUUUCACUCCUUUUGUAUACGAAUAUGCAACGUUUUUUUUUUAAACAAGUAGCUAAAACCACAAACCGAAUAUUAGCAACUGCGCGGUUCAUCCAUGCUGCGUUCAAAUACAGGCGUGCGGGUUUGUAGCUUGUCCAAAAAAAAAAAGAAAAAAAACUCAGGUCAUAUUUAUAUGGAUUUGUACAAAAUGUCGAAGUCUGUAAAUAUGUGUUUAUAUGCAGAACCACUAUGAUGGUUUUUGUUUGAAAUGGAACGACUGCCCCGUGGUGCUUCCAAAACCAUUGUUAUAUUCAUGUAAGUAGUCCACGUGUUGCCUUCUUGUCAAUUGAAUAAAGUUGUUAUUUGGA